UUGACUUCAAAGGAGACAGCCUGACAAAGUCUUACUGAAAAAUGGGAGUCAAAAAGCUGAGCACCUAUAAUUCUACAAGUUAAUUUAUUCUACUACCUUCAAAACCUCCUUCAAAACCAACGAACUGUCUCGAGAAGCUCAACGAUUGUAUGAUUCUGUGUCUGUGUAAUAUUAGAUCCACCCUUAACCCGUUACAAACUUAACUUCAAUUGUUCAUGUAGAAAUUUCUUCUGUUCAGCUACAACCGUAUAUAUACAACCCCUUUUCGAAUUACGAAUCUACAGAUGUAUAGAAUGCUAAUUGAUACAGUCAUGCAAUGCUACUUUGUUUCUUUCAAUACUUUAUUGUUAUGUGUUGGCUGGACCAUAAUUUGCCAUUUUUUGGCCUUGGACCAUGGGCUAUAAUCCGUGGUAAGGCAAAAUUGCUAUCCCUCAAAUAGGUGAUACCAUUGAAAGGUGGCAAUGAAGACAUUUACUUUUGAAAUACACUCGAGGCAGGACAGAGUGAAAUUUAGUAAUAGGCAUACCAAUAGCCUGAAUUAUAUGCAGCUUAGUGUCUAAAGAAAUUCAAGCUUCAUGAAAAUUAAUGCGUUUGUUUAGGCAAAAUCACAUUUUUACCCUAUUUCCGUGUAUCAAAUGUGUGCCGUGACAGUAUCAUUUGCUGAUACACAAAGAUUAAUACACAGUCAUGUACAGUGCAUGCAUCCAGUAGAAUACCACAAAUGUGUGAGUAUAGUUGUACUUAAAUGUAUCUUAACUAAGAAAUUGCACUGAUACCAUUGUGUAGGUGAAUGAAUAUAAAGCUUAUUCAAAAAUAUUUCCCCAAAAGUUGUUAGUUGUUAUUGUGAGAAAUCAAAAACGGCGUGAUUGUAAAAAAAAUGUGUGUAACAUUAAUUAUCUCUGGAACUAAAGUAUUUUGGGACAAUUUUUUCUUAUUAAAAGUUAGAAAAUUUAUUUAAGCUUAAUAAUGUUUGGACCCUAGCCGUAAGAUCUUCUUCAAAUCUCUCCCUAACCGAAACGGAAAACUAGCAAUUUUGAGCACUGCAAAGGAUGUGUAGACAUGUACGCAACAUUGAACCUUUUACAUAAUUAUAGCCAAACUAUCUAUAGAUGUUGUGAAAGUUCCAAAACGUAGCCGGAAACCAUUGGCCUUUUCUCUCCCUGUCUGAUUACCCAAUAACAAUUGUUUACUCAACCUUAAUACAUUUUUGGAUACCCUGUAGCUUAUCAUUCACCUAUACACAUGCACUGGUAUCAGCACAUUUUCUUAGAAUGGUUAGAUAUUUACAUUUAACUACUCACAUAUUUGUGGUAUAUAGUUUAUAGGAUUGAAUGCACUGUUACACAAUACACAUUUUUUGGUUUUACUUUCACAACAGUCUCAGUCUUCUUACUAGGUAUAGUCUUGGGAGCAGCAUAGGUUUAACAAACAGGUUCAACUUGUGAGGAGAAGUUCUUUCGUUAUCGCUUCGUACAUACAAGCACCUUCGAAGUCAAACCUUGUAUGAACGCCUGGACCGCUGACAAAAAAGCUUUGAAAUAGUGUUCCUGAGAACAUUUGGCCCAGACUAGUGUAAGUAAAUGGAUAGUUCAGAAUUUGAUUGAAUGAAUUUGCAAGGUGGAGCAUGCAUUUCCACUGUGCUAAAUAGUGGAUCCGGCGAAGGCGAGCCAUUGAGGGUUCUUGGUAAUGUCCCGCUUCAUCAAUCUGUCAAGCUCCCCUACACGUUUGAAAGCAAAAAACUAUAGUGCUGAAAUGAAAGCCCCAAAAUUAUAAUCAACAUUGUAAAAUUUUCAGCCAGCAUCGGCUUGCAAUUACCGCUAACUUCAGCUUUUCCCAAAGUCUUUGAAACCGAUUUGCAGUGAAAUACACGUAAAAUAAUUUUCUCUCUAUCUAGUAGGGGCAUAUCAGAGAUAGUUUGUAGGUCAUGUGACCUGAGUAUACUUAAAUGCUUUAACGAGAUCUAGAGGUUGAUUUCAUUGUCCACAGGUGAACACAAGCAGUCCUGCCGACUUUUCACAACAAUGCUGGGGAUCCCGUCCCUUUGAUAGCAACUAAGCAGAGCACCAAUAAAAUACAGAAGGACGGAAUCAGUUAAUUUCCAAGCAGAUUCUAAUUUUAAAUCUUCAACCACUAAUAUAUACUUUCAGAUUUGUUUCCCCUCUAGAAGAUCCACGGCCAAGAAAUGCAUUGCGGUAUGAGAAAAUUCUCCUCUCUUGAAACGAGAUACAAUCCACUAAGGGACUGAUGUACUAAACGCUGAGUGUUGAGACAUGUAUUCAAAAGAACGGGGAACAACUUCAUAGAACUUACGAUCACUAGCGAGCUCUGCUUGAUAAUCAUCAACGUUUAAAGAGAGUAAGUUUUUUAAAUACUAGCUCUACUUAGAGCAUCUUGAUCUAUUCCUAGCUCAGGUAGUGCAUGGCGACCGUGAAAGUCAUUUCCAAGACAGUACAGUAUAUAUAUAAGAAGAGGCAGAUUUUCGGGUGGCUAAAGGUGAACUUUUGAUCAAAUUUUCGACAGUCAAAAUACUUUAUUUAACGGGCAUGACUAUGAUCAAUAGAAAAAAUCCGAGUCCAAACCUAAGCCAAGAUGAUUUGCAAGUGACACCACAUCUCGAUCAGCUGUUUCACGGACAGCAUCAACAAUUUAAACACUACUUUUGCCAGAGUAGGUACAAUCACCUCGUUCUUUUUAAGCCGUUCAAUCUGAGAUUCGACCUUACUCAACGCCUUAAGCCGCUGUAAAACUCGAUUGUUACUAGUUGCUGCUCUGUACAAAAAUUAAGACAGUAUUCAUCACCUCUGAAGCAGAAUCUUUAGUCACAUCUUUGAUGGCUAACAAUUGUAAAUUAAAACUAUCUGGCACAAUAAAUACACAAUGGACGCUGAAUAAGGAAAAGAGGCAAAAUAACAAGACAAUGUAUGUCUAUAAGGUUCUAUAAACCUAAGUUUAUUCAUUACUACACAUCAGGUGACUAUUUCGGAUAACAUAAAAUUAAUUGUUAAUACACAUUUAUUAUAUUAACAUCGAAAUGGGAGUACCCAAAUUGAAAAAGUUUGUGUCCAGUAGCAAAGGAUGGGACACAAUACAAGUGUCAGGUGAAGUAGUCAUCGAUGGCAACUCACUCUGCUAUAAUCUGAACAAACAGCAUGAGUGGAAGUUUGGAGGUGAUUACAAAGAGUUCUAUGAAACGGUUACAGUGUACAUUCGAGAGCUCAAGGCAUUAGGAAUAGAGCCGUACAUUGUGGUGGAUGGUAUGGAUCACGAUAACAGCAAGUAUCAGACGUACAUAGCGAGAAACGAAGAGCGUAUCAACGGAAUUGCUAUCAGCCAAUCCCUAGGCACAGCACCACACAACAUUGUUCGUCCACUGUUUAUACAUACUGUGUUUCUUGAUGCACUGAGAGACUUGAAGACAAAAUUCUUCAUAGCAGACGGAGAGGCAGAUCGAGAUAUUGCAUCCCUUGCCAAUAGUUUAUCUUGCCCUGUUAUCAGUGAAGAUUCAGACUUCUUCAUUUUCAACAUUGAAGCUGGCUACAUACCAUUGACAGGUGGUGACCAACAAACACUAAUUGAUUUUCAAAAGCCAGUCAAACGAUUUCAGUAUAAAGAAUUCGAUAAAAGCUUAAAACUGAACGAAGAACAGCGGCUGUUCUUUCCUUUUAUCCUAGGCAAUGACUUCCAUAAGGGUGUUUCACGGUCCUCACUGCAAUUAACCUCACGCACACCACUCCGCGACAUCUCAAGAAAACUAGCAAUGCUAGAUUUCAGCAAUGCAACUUUGACACAAUUUGUUUGUCCAAACCCCACAAGCCAGAUGGAAAAUAUCAAAUUGUACUACAGAGGGACAGCUCAAUCAUUUGAUGACCUUGCAUCCACCAGUUCACUUCUGGAGUUGUAUCCACACACCCCAGAGUGGAUCAUGCAGGAGUACAAGAAUGGUAGGUUCAUGGCUCCAAUAAUGAGUCUUGCAACUUGCCCUACUAUGAAGCGGUGGCGACACACCAUAGUGGUUGAAGAUUUCAGCCAACAAAGCGCGUGGAAGGUUACAAAAAUUGGAAGAAAAUUCAUCAUUGGGGCUUUACUUGGUGACCAAGCAAACAAGCAUCAGAUAGUGACAACCGAAAUUAAGCCACCAUCACCUGACAACUCAAAACUUGCAUUGGUGGACACCAAAGUCAUCUUAGCUCCAAAGCACACCAAAAUUCUACCUGUGCCACUAAAAGAUGUUCCACAAAUGCCAGUCACCGUUCGCAAGGAGAUAAUGUAUCGUGUGUUUCACUAUACCGAGCCUGCUGAGUCGGACAUUCCUGAGGGGCUACAGUUAGCCAUGAUCGCAGGGCGCUGCUGGGUACGUAAUGUAGCUUGCGACAAUACACACCUGAUUCAGUCACUCGUAUGCUGUAUUCUAACCUGCUACGGCCAUUUUCAAAUGAUUGAUCGAAAAGACGAAUGUAAGUUAGCUCAACAUGAGAUUCUGUUUUUUCUACACUCCUAUGCUCAGUGGCAGUGUCUACUACAUCACGUUAUCGCGUUUAACCAAGUUCUAAGCCACCCCUUUCCAUACACAAGCCCUGCUAGGCUAUUCUCUUCAAGUUUACUUCUACACUUCUACCAGCAGACCUCACAGGUCCUACAAGAAAAGAUGGACACAUUGGCAACGAGUAUGCUACAAAUAAUUACAGAGAGCAAGUAUUCUACUGAAAGUUUGAAAAAUAUUGAACUAGAGCCUUCGCAGACAAAGAAACGUCGCACUACAUACUGAACUAUAAGUAUAUACCGUAAGGUGACAGAUAUAAUAAUAUAAUAAUUAUAUAGUUUAAUAUUAAAUGCGACUUUAGAGUUUUAUACUGACCAUUUUUCAAAUUAUCCGUGAAUUCAAAUUUUACAGUUUCCUCUCAUUUGCUAACAUCAC